AUGGUACGUCCGUACUGGUUCCAGUACCGAGCACGAGCAAAGGGCCACUGGGUCGGGCAGCCGCUCAUCCGCAUUCUCACUUCCCAUUUCCACCGGCAUCCACCAGCGUAUUAUCUCGAAGCAGUCGAGACCGGGCGAGUCAAAGUUAAUCAGCAACGCGCUGCGCCUGAUCAGCUCUUUGCAGCGACUGACCUGCUGCACCACGACAUGCACAUUCACGAACCCGCGGUGACAAGCGAACCCGUGCAGAUCAUCCACUCGUCGGACGAGCUCGUAGUCGUCAACAAACCAGCCGGACUGCCGUGUCAUGAAGUCUCGUUGUACAAAUAUAACACGCUGUCGGCCAUCCUGCGGUUGGAGAUGAACGCAAGGAAGCUUCACAUGGCCAUCAUGACAGGGCAAGUGGGGAAGUUCUACAUCGCCCGUGCCGAGACCGGGGUUAGCCUGGUGGACUAUGAAAAGGGGAGGACAGCGCAUACAAUUUUUGAACACGCUGGCUAUGACUCCGCCACGGACACAAGCUUGGUGAAGUGUAACCCGACUACUGGGCGCCGGCACCAGAUACGCGCGCACCUGAACCACCUCGGCUUCCCCAUCGCCAAUGAUCUGCUUUACGGCCAGGGACCGCUUGUGCGCAGCCGCGCUGAGUUCCUGAAGCUCCAGCAGGGCAGCGCAGAAGACUGGAGCCAGAUGUCCCCCGAGGAGCUCACCGCAUUCAAGGAAUCCCAGCCAGGUAUGCUACCAACCCACUCACGCAAUCGCUACCGCGGCGACGGCUGGCACUUCACCGCGCCGCUUCCUUCUUGGGCGCAAGCGUGA